CUUAAAUUUUGCCUCAAAAAGAUUCCGAACCUACAAAGUUGAUUUCGAUAUUGGUACUGUUAGUUUCACGAAGAAUUUCGGGGCUAAUGCAGUAGUAGUAGAAAGUUCGGCAGUGGGUUACUUUCUUUUGUGAAUUAAUUGGUCUUCCUCGUAAAGAUGCCGAGAUUUGCCGAUACAAUGCUGUCCGAUUUGGAUACGUUUCCAGUGAUCCAACUAGGAGACUUUUCUCUAAAAUUUGAAUUGGAUGACCUUACGCCCGAAUUUCAAGAGAUCGCCAGGAAGGAGCUAAGGGAAUCUCCCGAAAAGAAAGAAGAAUCUCUUGCCGAGCUGCGUGAAUUGCUUAAAGACGAACCUGACCUUUGGAUACCAAUUGAUAACGACGCCUACCUAGUCAAGUUUCUACGACCAUGUAAAUAUUACCCAGAGAGCGCUUGUGAACUUAUUAAGAGGUACUACGCAUUUAAAAAGAAACACGCGGAGAUAUACGACGAACUAACACCUAGUAAAGAAAGUAACAUAUUUCAACAAAAUAUCUUAACAGUACAACCCAAUCGAGAUCAACUGGGUAGAAGAAUUCUAGUAAUUGAGUUAGGCAAAAAAUGGAAGCACAAACAGUGUUCAUUAGACGAAGUCUUCAAAGGUUGCGUACUUUUCCUAGAAGCUGCGAUGUUAGAGCAUGUGACACAAGUUGCCGGCGCCAUCGUAAUUUUCGACAUGGAAGGACUUAGCUUACAGCAAACCUGGCAGUUUACGCCCUCGUUUGCCAAACGAAUUGUGGACUGGCUACAGGAUGCCAUCCCCCUCCGUUUGAAAAACAUCCACAUCGUCAACGAGCCUUUCAUCUUCAACGUUGUGUUUAAUUUAUUCAAACCAUUCUUGAAAGACAAAUUGAAGAGCCGAAUUAUUUUCCAUGGAACUAAUCGCAAAUCGCUUCACGAAUACAUUAGCCCAGAGUACUUACCGGAAUGUUACGGCGGAACGCUAUCGUUACCAAGAAUAACUGGUAGUCAAUGGCAUCAGUUACUCGUAAUGAGCGACAAAGAGUACGAAGCAAUUAACUCAUAUGGAUAUAAAAAGAUGGUGAAGAACCAUUGAAGACGGAUUUUUUUAAUUUUAAUGGCACAAAGUAUUACAUAUUUAUACUGUAUAGUUCUUAGGAUAUAUUUUUAUAUUGGUUGACUGAUAUGAUAUUAAUUACAAUUGGCUAUUAUUUUGAC